AUGGUCGGCCCGAGCAGCGCCCCCAUGCAUGAGUUGCUCAUGCGCCGCCACCAUUCAAUUGCUUUGUACCAUCCAAGUCCACCUCUGCACGUUUCACACUACAACACGUCCAGCAUGUCAUCGCUCAACCUCGCCCGCCUCGCUAUUCGCUCUUGCUACUCGCCUGCUGCUCGUCGCGCCAUCAGCACGUCGCCAGCCGUGCGCUCAUCAUGGUCUCCCGGCCCUUCGCCGCCACGCCUUCCCAAGGACGAGCAGGAAGUCUUCGACAAGCUCAUGAAGCAAUCUACUGGUGCUUUCAGCACUCCCCAGCAAGCCCCUGAGGAAACCGUCGCCGAAGCCGCCUCUUCCAAGCCUCAAGUCAAUCAAUCGCCUCAGAUCAACCAGUCGCCCGCUCUCAAGGCAGACGGCAAGGGAGAAGAACUACACCCAAAUGUCCGCCGCGGUGCUCNNCCCCCAGAGUUUGAGGGUGAUGUCAACCCUCAGACCGGCGAGGUUGGCGGUCCCAAGAACAACCCCUUGCGAUGGGGUCACCAGAGCGACUGGAGUUACAAUGGCCGUGUUACCGACUUCUGA